AUGAAUCAGUCUUUCAACUUUUCAUCUUCUGGCCCAACCGAGAUUCCAAUGGUGGGUAUCCCCAAAGAAGUGGGUAGAGGAGGUUGGGGCAUUUUAUCUGGAUCUGGUGUCCAUCAUGCCUCAAGUGAUGCUACCCUCUUUUCAAGCUCGUUACCUGUUCUUCCACAUCCAAAGUUGAACUUGAAUGAUACAGAACAUGGCUGUCAAUCUAUUGAUGAUCUCUCAACUGGCUUAAAUAAGCUGGGCCAUAAUUUGGAGGGCAAUGAUACACUUGAAGAUAUUGAAACUCAUGCGAUUGGAAGCUUGCUUCCUGGUGACGAGGAGGAGCUAUUAGCUGGCAUAGCAGAUGAUCUUGACCUCAGUGGGUUGCCUGGUUCCCUGGAAGACUUGGAAGAGUAUGAUCUCUUUGGUAGUGGAGGUGGCAUGGAAUUGGAAACUGAUCCACAGGAGAGCCUGCGAGUUGGCAUGGCAAAAGUAAGUUUAUCUGAUGGUGCUACUGGGAAUGGGAUCGCUCAUUAUGCUCUUCCAAAUGGCGUGGGAGCUGUUGCUGGAGAACAUCCAUAUGGAGAGCAUCCUUCUAGAACAUUAUUUGUGCGAAAUAUCAAUAGUAAUGUUGAGGAUUCAGAACUGAAAGCACUUUUUGAGCAAUAUGGCGACAUUAGAACGCUGUACACUGCAUGUAAACAUAGGGGCUUUGUGAUGAUAUCUUAUUAUGAUAUUCGUGCUGCUCGAACUGCUAUGCGCACAUUACAAAAUAAGCCUCUGCGACGGAGGAAACUUGAUAUUCACUUCUCAAUUCCAAAGGAUAAUCCAUCAGAGAAAGAUAUUAAUCAAGGAACCUUGGUAGUUUUCAAUUUGGAUCCAUCAGUUUCAAAUGAAGACCUCCGUCAAAUAUUUGGGGCUUAUGGCGAGGUCAAAGAGAUAAGGGAAACACCGCACAAGAGACAUCAUAAAUUUAUUGAGUAUUAUGAUGUCAGAGCUGCAGAAGCAGCCCUUAAGUCAUUAAAUAGGAGCGACAUAGCUGGUAAACGCAUAAAACUUGAACCCAGUCGCCCUGGUGGAGCUCGUCGAAACUUGAUAUUGCAACUGAAUCAAGACCUUGAACAAGAUGAAUCUCGGAGUUAUCGACAUCCUGUGGGUUCACCGAUAACCAACUCUCCACCAGGUAGCUGGGCACAGUUCAACCCCAUUGAACAUAGUCCUGUACACAGUAUUAGUAAAUCUCCUGGUUUCAGGACCCUGAGUCCAACAAAUAGCAACCAUUUGCCUGGAUUGGCGUCAAUUCUGCAUCCCCAAGUAUCAAACAAUGUGAAGGUUGCACCUAUCGGCAAUAACCAAGGAAGGGGGAGUCAUGUGGAUCAUAUAUUUACCAAUACAAACUCAUCCCAGGGAUCUGCAUUUCAACAAUCACAUUCAUUUCCAGAGCCAAAUUCAAGCCAUUUCCAUGGCAGUAUGCACUCAUUUGGUCCUUCAACCUCAAGUGGAUCUGGUAUGGAAACGUUAUCAGGCCCACAAUUUCUUUGGGGGAGUCCGACUCCUUACUCAGAACACACCAAUUCUUCAGCUUGGCCGCGACAGUCAGUGGGACAUCAACUUACAUCUAAUGGGAAGGGUCAUGCCUUUCCAUUCUCAGGUCAUCGUGGCUCUUUCCUUAGCCCUUCCCAUCACCAUCAUCAUGUUGGAUCCGCCCCAUCUGGUGUUCCGUUAGAAAGGCACUUCAAUUACUUCCCCGAGUCACCAGAAACUUCAUUUUUGAGUUCCACUGCCUAUGGAGGCAUGGGUUUGGGCCCCAACGGUGGAAAUUUUAUGAUGAAUAUGAGUACUUGUGCUGCUAGGAAUGUUGGUGUAUCUAUACCAGGAAACAUGUCUGAAAGUAAUUCCUCAAGCUUUAAAAUGAUGGCCUCACCAAAGCUUAGCCCUGUGUUUUUAGGUAAUAGCCCAUACACAGGACUGCCACCUACAAGCAUAGAUGGUUUAAUUGAGCGUGGGCGGAGCAGACGAGUUGAGAAUAGUGGGAGCCAGAUUGAUAGCAAGAAACAAUACACCUCAAAAAUGUUACUUGCUGCAAUAGAUGAAAAUCACAAGGGUACUUUCGAUUUUCUCUAUCUGCCGAUUGAUUUUAAGAACAAAUGCAAUGUGGGCUAUGCAUUUAUCAAUAUGCUGUCUCCUUCACACAUCAUCCCAUUUUAUGAGGCAUUCAAUGGAAAGAAGUGGGAGAAGUUCAAUAGUGAAAAAGUUGCCUCCUUGGCUUAUGCUCGUAUCCAGGGGAAGGCAGCUCUUGUGGCCCACUUUCAAAAUUCAAGCCUAAUGAAUGAAGACAAACGUUGUCGCCCGAUUCUCUUUCACUCAGAGGGUUCUGAGGCUGGUGUUCAGAUUAUCCAAGAACAUCUUCCUUCCAAUAAUAUGAACAUCCAUGUCGGUCAGCGAAACGAGUCGGACUCUGAUUCAUCAGGAAGCCUAGAGUGUGGCUCUGAUGAGAAGCCCGAUAAGAGUUAA